AUGUUGGUGAUAAAUAAAAUGGGUGUUACGGAUAUACUAGUCCUGAGUGAAGUUGGAGUGCGCAGUCCGGGGCAGCCGCCCGGAGGACCCGCGCUGGGGAAGACUGUAGGCCGGCCGCGGGACUGUCGGGCUGCGGCCUCUGUGAGAGCCCUGGUGGAGCCACGAGGGGACCCACACCAGCUGGGGGAAGCCUCCCCUCCCGGCAACGCGGUGAUUUCUAGAAAACCUGACAUUUGUAGAUCAGAACACCAUGCAAAAUGGAAAAGGACGGAGGAGAUCAGGUUUCCAUCCCCCAAAGAGCAGGACGCAAGAGAAAAAUCUCAAAAACCUAGCUCAAACCUGGAAGAUGAGGAGAGAGAUGAUGAAGAGAAGACCUCUCGAGCUUGCACAGGGAUAUUCAAAGGUGGACCUCUCUAUUUCUGUCUGACCUGUGGCAAAUGUUACAAAAAGUACACCGACGUCUUUAAUCACCAGUUUCCUUUGAAGGCCCAGCAGACUACUGGCCACAAAGCCCUCGGCUCCAAGCCCCAGAAUCGUAGAGGGAGACCUUUCGCUUGUGAGCUCUGUGACAAGAAUUACCGUGAUGCCUCUGGACUGAGCCGUCACCGACGUACUCAUUUAGGUUAUAGGCCCAGUUCAUGCUCUGUGUGUGGAAAACGCUUCCGGGAUCAGUCUGAGGUCAAACGCCACAUGAAGGUACACCAAAACAGGAAGCCAGUGGCUAGCAGCCAGGAGCGUAAGGUGAAGGCUCCACGUACAUCACCUAGAUCCCAGGCUCCCAUCCUCAGGCACUCAAAAGUGAUCCAGGGACCAGUGGCCAGGACUAAGACAAGGAACAGCAGAGCCUCAUCCUUGGAUGUCAGAUCCAACCCUAUUCCAGUGAGAUGCUCUAGAAGAAAGAUCCGCUGCCCCUAUUGUUCAGUACGUUUAACCAGGAAGACCUAUUUCUUAACCCACCUCAAGUUCCACUUCAAAAAUCAGCCCAACCAAUACUUAAGUUGCAAGGAGUCCUCCCAGUCGUCUGUGAUGAUAGGCUCCCACCGGAACACCCACAGGAAGCAAAAUAUCUACUGUUGCCCCAUCUGUGAUAUCUGCUUUAGGGGAAAGGAAAGCCUGCUGGAUCACUUGUGCUGACCCAUUAAGUGCUGGGCAAUCCUGGGUCAUUUGCUUGGCUUUCUUUAUGAACCCUUGUGUCUGGGAAAUACUUCAACAGUAGAGGAGUCCUCGGAGGAGGAUGAAUGAAAAAAUGAAAUCCAAUCCAGGAAGACAAGAUGAAAUAAGCAUGCAGUGAGAAUCCUGAAGCAUAAAUAAAAGACCUGUUUGGGGCUGGUGAGAUGGCUUAGUGGCCAAAGGAGCUUGCUACUCAGUCUGACCUCCUGAAUUUGAGCCCUGAGACCAUUGUGACAGAAGGAAAGAACCUAUUCCUGACCUCACACAUGUCCCACCCCUCACAUCUCUCCCCACCCCCACAAAAUAAAUAUAAUUUUUAAAACUAAAAAAAAAAAUAUAUAGAAACAAAACUAGGUUGCUGCUUUAUUGUUGCUCAUCAAGUUAAGUAACUAUGGGAGAAAGAAAGGAAACUCAAUCCCCAGUUUCCUACUACUGAAAUGUAAACUUUCCAGUCUCAGAAUCUUGAACCUGUA